UAUAUAGAUAGGUAUGGCCCUACACCUGGCUGCACACACCGGAGCCCGGACACAGAGCAAUCCUAAACUUUCUUCCUCCCUGGCUGCCCUCCACCUGCUCCCGCCAUGAAGAAGGAAAUACUAACCCUGGCCUUUGCUCGAGCUGUCUUUGUGGAGUUCCUCUCCACGCUCAUCUUCGUCUUCAUCGGGCUGGGCUCGGCGCUCAAGUGGCCCUCGGCGCUGCCCAGCAUCCUGCAGAUCGCGCUGGCCUUCGGGCUGGCCAUCGGCACGCUGGUGCAGGCCUUCGGCCACAUCAGCGGCGCCCACAUCAACCCGGCCGUGACCAUCGCCUUCUUCGUGGGCAACCAGAUCUCGCUGCCCCGCACGCUGCUCUACAUCGUGGCCCAGCUGCUGGGGGCCAUCGCCGGCGCCGGGAUCCUCUACGGCGUCACCCCCGCCAACACCCGCGGCAACCUGGCCAUCAACGAACUCAACUACAACGUAACCCCGGGCCAGGCCCUCGUGGUGGAGAUCAUCCUCACCUUCCAGCUGGCCACCUGCAUCUUCGCGUCCACCGACAACCGGCGCAGCGGCACCGGCUCCCCGGCACUGUCCAUCGGCCUCUCCGUCACCGUGGGCCACCUGGUGGGGAUUUACUUCACCGGCUGCUCCAUGAACCCUGCGCGCUCCUUUGGGCCUGCGGUCGUCACCAGGAGGUUCAGCCCCGUGCACUGGGUGUUCUGGGUCGGGCCCAUCCUCGGGGCUUGCUUGGCCUCCCUGCUCUACUUCUACAUCCUGGUGCCCUACUGCAUGAACAUGUCCGACAGGGUGGCCAUCAUCAAGGGCACCUACGAGUCCGAGGAGGAGUGGGAGGAGCAGCGGGAGGAGAGGAAGAAGAGCAUGGAGCUGACCCCGCCGUGAGAGCAGCUGGAAAAGCCGCACCGAGGGAGGGGAGGAAGCCCCACACGGGCUCAGGUGUGCCCCACAGCCAGGCAACGCCCGCACCCAGCUGCAGACUCUUCUCCCAGCCUUCCCAUCCGGGCCCCCGUGGGAUGCAGGAAGGCCAGGGGCUGUGUGUGUGUGUGUGUGUGUGUGUGUGUGUGUGUGAACCCCUGCGUGAGCUCCAGAACCUUCCCCACAAAGCCCCUCCGCCGGGCCCUGGCACCCUCGGCUCCAUCCCUGCCCUCCCGGUGCAGCUCUGCAGGGCCCCACACCUGCAGGAACCUCACCUGGCCCAGGUGUGGGAACACCUGGGGGCCUCUGGGGGAAGGGGGAUAACUGCUUAGGGCAGGGGGGUGCAGCCACCCCCAGCCCAGGGGCUGCUCGUAGAUGCUCUUUCACCUUUCCUGGUGCUGGGAGUCCUUUUUGUUCCCAAAGAACGAGACUUUUUGGAUUCUGUGUUGAGGUCUUUGUAUUAUAGUUCAUUAUUUAUUGCGAAUAAAGGAAA